AUGGUGCAAAAGGAACGUCAGCCGUUCAGCGAAUUUUUAACGGAACUUCGUGCACAAAUCGAACGCUGUGAAUUCAAUUGCACAUGUGGAUUGUCGUACGAAAGUCGGAUGCUGCGUGAUCGCAUAAUCACUGGAGUGUAUGACAAGAAACUCCAGUUGAAAUUACUCGAUGGUCGUGAUGAAACAUUGGAUCGUGUGGUGGACAUAUGCAAAACGUUUGAAUCAGCAAAUGUUCACAAAGGCAUUUUGGCAUCGAAACAGUCAAUUGCGGCAAUAGCCCUAUCGGAAAACACAGACACCGAUUCAGUUGAUGCAAUCAACAUGGGCAAGAAACGUACGUGCUUCAACUGUGGUGGCGAUUGGGACAGAGAGCAUAAGAGCAAAUGUCCAGCCAAGAACUUCACGUGCCAAUGCGGGAAAAAGGGUCAUUUUCGCCGAAUGUGUCGAAGCAAAGGAAAGAAAUCGGAAGUUUCAUCAUCGGGUAGAUCUCAGUCGAAAUCGAAUGACAAGUCAGCUGUUGACAGUCUCCGUUGGAACGAUGUUUCAUCGUCAGAAUAA